AGAAAAAGAAACGGAAACGGAAAAAAGUUGUGCUUAUUUUGCAGUGUUCCCAGUUACCGGCGAGUUUGGACUGGCCGCAAUCGUCGUCGCCAGCCUUCUGUGCUUCCGCCUCUGCCAGUCUACAGAGACCCGAAAUUAUCUCAAUUCCAACAUUCAAACAUUCGAUAUUGGUUUCUCCAAUUCAAUCUAAGAAAUCUGUGAUCCUCUCUCGAGUUGGGGUUUAUCUCAAAACCCAAAAUCAAACCCAAUCAUGGAGGCAUUGGCGUCAAACCCCCGAAGAAGCACUGCCUCCAACAAACAGCAACAAGAAGCGAAGAUUCCGAAACCCCAACGACCGAACCAAUUUCCAUCACACCGGGACGCGGUGCACGUGUCCCCAAAUGCGAGAAAACUGUGCGAGCUGCUGACGCGAACCCCUCCUAACGACAUCGAAACUGCCCUAACUAACUGUGGGAUCCGGCCUUCCCAAGAUGAGGUCCACGAGGUCCUCGGGCUGUCCUACAGCGUGCCGUCGUCGGCCGUGAAGUUCUUCCGGUGGGCCGGGCAGCUUCAAAAGCACUCGGGCCAUGCCUGGAACUUGAUGGUGGACCUGUUGGGGAAGAACGGGGUGUUUGAGUACAUGUGGGACGCCAUCAGGUCCAUGAAGCAGCAAAAGCAGCUGGCAUUGCCCACCUUUGUCUCCGUUUUCGAGAGCUACUGCACUGCUGGCAGGUUCAAUGAAGCCUUUAUGAGCUUCGAUGUUAUGGACAGGUACGGCAUUCAGCCCGACGUUGUUGCCGUCAAUUCCCUCCUCAGCGCCAUCUGCCGCGAGGACAAUCAGACAACCGUCGCAUUGGAGUUCUUCCAUAAGAUCAAGGGCAAGAUUCCGCCCGACGGGGAUACUUUCGCCAUUUUGCUGGAGGGCUGGGAGAAGGAAGGAAAUGCCGCCAAGGCCAAGAGCACGUUCGGCGAGAUGGUGGUUAGAAUUGGUUGGGAUAGGAAGAACAUGGCUGCCUACGAUGCUUUCUUGAUGACAUUGGUUCGUGCAUUGCAGGUUGAUGAGGCUGUCAAGUUCUUGAAGGUGAUGAAGGACCAUGACUGCUUCCCAGGUUUGAAAUUCUUUACCAAUGCUCUUGAUAUUAUCAUCAAGCAAAACGAUGCGGCUAAUGCUGUCAUUUUGUGGGAUGUCAUGCUUGAGAGUGCCUUGGUAGUGCCUAACUUAGUAAUGUACAAUGCUGUCAUUGGCUUGCUUUGCAAUAACAAUCAGAUAGAUCACGCCUUUCGCCUGCUCGAUCAGAUGGCGUUUCAGGGUGUUUUCCCUGACUCCCUCACUUAUAACAUUGUUUUUGAGUGUUUGGUGAGGAACAAGAAGGUUCAUGUGGCCGAGAGGUUCUUCAACGAGAUGGUGAAGAACGAGUACCCGCCCACCAGUACCAACUGUACCUCGGCCAUUGCAAUGUUCUUUGAUCGUGAUGAUCCUGAAGCAGCGCAAUCGAUUUGGACUUACAUGGUUGAGAAUCAUAUUAAGCCGCUCAGUGAUGCUGCCAAUGAGGUGCUACUUGGUCUUUGUCAGCUGGGCCGGCUCUCGGAGGUGAAAAGGUCAGCGGAAGACAUGCUGGAUUGGAAGAUCAUGAUAUAUGAGUCCACAAUGGCAAAGUUGAAGGAUGCAUUCUAUAGAGAUAGUAGGACUGCGAGGGACAGAUAUGACAGUCUGUCCAGGAGGUGGAAAGCUCAUGGCAAAUUGUAAUUUAGACAAACCUUUUCUUUUUGUGUUGAACUUUUCAGUAUAUAGCCAUCACUGACUGAGAUAGUGUUAAAUGAGUUUUAUCCUUUCACUCCCUCGCAGUAAGCCCUUCCCUUUGAAAUUCUUUUGCAUCGGGAGUUAUUUUUGCUGUCUAUAGUCUUUUCUUCCAUUCAUAUUACAUGUUUAUGUUAAAUGUUUACAGGUGGUCAUUAUUCUUGA